UUGAUUUAGCUCGCGCAAAAUAGUUUCUUUUCAUGGACUGUUAUCUUGUUUAUUAGCUAGUGUUUAUCUCGCAUUAGUAAUAUUUCAAUUUAGUUAAUUCUUGUGAGGGAGAUACGUGACACUAUGUGUUGAGCCGGGGAAAACCUUUCCUGCUGUACACUGCUAGACUUGUUUGCCGUACUGGAUCUUUUGGUCUGGAUACAUUAUCUGGGAGAAAGUUCUGUUGCGUCAUUGCCAGGAUUUGCCUUAUCGGACGCCACGUUUAAAAACAGAUAAGACGAAUUUUACAAUACACACCUUUUGUACAGUAUGGAUUGUGUGACUCUGAAGUAUUAAACAUAUUCGGUAGCGACAUGGAUAGUAUGUUUCUCUACAAUUUCAACUAUACAUACCAGUGGCCGGCUGGUCAAAGACUGGCGCCUUAUAAUUGUGAAGGAGAUAAACAAUCGCAGAGAAGCAUUUAUGAUCGAAUCACGGAUCAGCAGCUGCAGCAACAGUUGAACUGUCUGAAGCAGCAGCAACAGAUCCAGCAACACAUGUUGCUGGAGCAGUACGAGCACCAACGGCAGCAGCUGGAGCAGCAGCACGAGAAGCAGCUCCAAGAACACACCAAGGUACAUGAGCACUAUUUACGUCAUAAACAACUCCUCCAGCAACAACAUGAGAAGCAGGUACAAGAGCAUAUUCAGGUUUUCUUGGAGCAGCAGCAGCUCCAGCAGAAGCAACUGGAACAGCAGAGGCUGGAGAAGGAAAUGUUUGAGCAGGAGAGGCUGCAACAGAUCAAGAACAAAACUAAAGAUGAAGAAAGUGCAAUAGCUUCUUCUGCUGUCAAAUUAAAGCUGCAAGAGUUUGUCCUGACUAAAAAACACAGGGAAGCUGUCAAAGACCUCAAUAAUUCUCCCCCACAGUUCAGACACCAUUGGGUAUCCAACCAAGGAUCAUUAGACCAAGGGUCACCUCCUCUCAAUCUAUCUCCACCCUACACCCACCACCUCCUUGCCAAAUAUGAAGAUGACUUCCCAUUGAGGAAAACAGCGUCAGAGUCGAAUAUACUAAAGAUACGGUCUGCUCUGAAGCAGAAAAAGGAGGUGCGGCGGACCAUGAUUACACAUAGUCCACUGGCGGGCCGCCGCGACAAGGGACCUCUUGGCAUCAAGCGAAAAACGCCACUCUCAAUAGAUACUGGUGUAUGCAGUAGCAACCCUGACUCUGGUCCUAACUCGCCGCCCGGAAGUGCUCACGGAUCUAUAGCAAAUGGUAGCCUGUCGUCUUUACACUCUAAAGAUGAGAGUCCAGGCUAUGUGUUCCCUUUCCAACACAACCUCGUGUAUCCCAGUGCAGAACUCUUGUAUACCUCUCCAUCCAUGCCCAACAUCUCUUUAGGUCGUCCACCAACAUCAGCAUCAGGGUCACCAGUGGGCACAGAAGAUGACAUUAGGGCUGCCAUGUCAGCCAGACUAGGCAUUGCCUUACCUGGGCCUCCCCACAUGAUAUCUGGGGCUCUUCCAGGCUACUUCCCUGCUUUACCAGUACUUGAUGGAGAAUUUCCUCCAGGUUCAACACAGGCAUUUUUGGCAUCACAGGGUAAAUUGUCCCCUUCAGGUACUGCAAACUCACCUUUAGCUAGUCCAUUCAUUCCAGUCACAGCAGCACCUGGGCCAUCAGUUCCUCAUUCAGCUCACAGAUUACAUAGUGAUCUGUUCUACAGACAUAGACCUUUAGGACGCACUCACUCUGCACCACUGCCCUUGGGAGUAUUCCACCAACAACAAAACCUCCUUCUACAGCAGCAACAUGAGCAGUAUCUCAAAGAUCAGAAGCUUUAUGUUAAACAGCAUAUCAGACAGACUGUUUUACAGAGGUCUGGAAGUAAAAGUCAUAUGGAGAAUGUUGAUGAAGAAACAGAAGUAAAAUUAGCGCAGGAGAUGAAGGAAUGUAGAGAAGCAGAGACUCUAGAAGGUAGAAUGGAGGAUAUCAGUGCGCCGUUGUCAGGCCAAGUCAUAUCACAACAUUCAUCACCAUUAACAGCUGCAGCCAUAGCUGAGCAUGGGCGGGAGCGUGAUAGCCAUGUCCUGCUAAGUCCACAUCGGGACACACAGAGGACACGGCAUAAAGGUCCCUCCCACCAUAGGCCCCUGUCUCGUACACAAUCCAGUCCACUGGUCACUUUUUCAGUUCCCCCGCAGUCAGCCCAAGACUCUGGCCCUAUAACUUAUACUUUUACUACAGGUUUGGCUUAUGACAACACCAUGUUGAAACACCGCUGUACAUGUAAUGAUCACUCAAACCAUCUAGAACAUGCUGGAAGAAUCCACAGUAUAUGGAACAGAUUAACAGAGGAGGGACUUGAAGCUCGUUGUGAGCAUGUGAGGUCCAGAAAAGCUACCAUUGAAGAACUACAAAGUUGUCACUCAGAACAGUACUCUCUUAUAUUUGGUGGCAAUCCUUACAACAGACAAAAACUCUUUGAAAGCUCAUCCAAGAGGUUCUGCCUGCUGUACUGUGGUGGUAUAGGUGUUGACUCAGACACUGUGUGGAACGAAGUUUACACCUCCACUGCUGCUAGAACGGCUGCUGGGUGUGUCAUUGAACUGGCUUGUCGUGUAGCAGCUGGAGAUCUUAAGAAUGGUUUUGCUGUAGUGCGACCACCAGGCCAUCAUGCAGAACAGGACACUCCCAUGGGCUUUUGUUACUUUAACUCUGUGGCCAUAGCAGCCAAACAGCUGAAGGCAAAAAUGAACCUACAAAGAAUUUUAAUUGUGGACUGGGAUGUGCACCAUGGCAAUGGGACACAGAAAAUGACAUACGAUGAUCCACAUAUUCUGUACAUAUCAAUUCACCGCCAUGACAACGGGAACUUUUUCCCUGGAACUGGUGCCCUAGAUGAAUGUGGAGAAGGUCCAGGACUUGGCUUCAAUGUGAACAUUGCUUUUGGUGGCAGUCUCAACCCACCUAUGGGAGAUGCUGAAUAUAUGGCUGCAUUUAGAACAAUUGUGAUGCCAAUAGCUCGUGAAUUCAAGCCAGAAUGUGUUUUAGUAUCAGCAGGCUAUGAUGCUGCUAAAGGACACGCAACUGCAUUAGGAGGAUAUGAAGUCUCACCUGAGUGCUUUGGUGUAUUGACAAGGGAAUUGAUGUCCCUGGCCAAUGGUAAAGUUGUUCUAGCAUUAGAAGGAGGUUAUGAUAUCCCUAGUAUUUGUGAUUCUGCAGAGCUUUCAGUCAGAGCAUUACUUGGUGAAGAACUGAGGCCUCUAAGAGAGGAAGAGCUAAAGAGGUCUCCUUGUAAACCAGCCAUUGACACAUUAGAGGCUACUAUACAAAUACAAGCUGAACACUGGCCAUGUGUCAAGCGCUAUGCUGGCACAACUCAUCACUCUUUAAUAGACUUUCAAAAUGUUGACAUGGAGGAAGCAGCCACAGUAUCUGCCCUUGCUUCCCUUUCAAUGGUUCCUUGUAAACAGAGAAGUACUAUGGAACAGCAAUCUGAACCAAUGGAAGAAGGGACAUAAUUCUUUACAACCUCAAGGAUCAUUUCACUUCAUGGCCCUUGCUGCCUUAGUAACUAGCACAAACCUCGCUGGCUUUGUCGUUGUUACCAUCAUUGUUGUUGUACCUUGUUGUUGUAAUCAUCAUGGUGAUAGAUGGUAGCCGCCAUCCCCAUCUAGCUUCACUCCUUCUCCCUAUGUUGACUAAUUUGGAUGAAACCAAUACAUGUAGUCAGCCCACUGCUCUGUCCGUGUGUCACCUACACAAGAGCAUCUUCAUGGCUGUGUGUUGAAGUCACCUGGUCCAACCAGCUUCAAUGUUUUUGUGACUAUAGACAAGUGAAAACUGUUUCACUGCUUACUAAGCAUGUGUUUUGUUUUUUUUUUGUUUUUUUUCACAACUUUUGGAGAAACCAAAAAAAAUUGUAUUCUGUUCUUAGGAUACAAGUGAGAGAACCAUUCUAUUGUUUUGUGUAUAUUUCACUGUUGCUGGAUUAAAACCUUGAGACAGAGAUCACCUAGAGUACAGCACACAACAACAGCCUGGAUAAUACCUUCUGACAAGACUUCAUCAUGGCCGUAUCAGAAAGGGAACCCGUUUGAGUAGAUCACAUAUAUAGCGACUUCCAGUCUUCUGUAGAGUUGGACACUAGCUGCUUUAGUUUAUUUUUUAAUGCAGAGCUAAUUCAAAACCAUUUAGUUUAGGUUUGUUUUGUUUUUUUUACUUUUUUUUUUAACAACAUAAACUGUACUGAGAUUUAAGUCAUUUGUGUGCCAUACCCAGUAAAAAGAUAAGGCAUUAACACGAGUAGUUCCCUCUACAGCUGGUUUGUAGCUGGUGUAACUAUGGAGUGCCAUUUCCCUUCUCCCCCCUACCCCCAGUGUAAAAUUUGUGCUAGGAAUAGUCAAUGGAUUGUGUUCAUAUUCCCUGAAGUGAUAGAAAAAUGGUUAGAGUUAUUAAAGCUAUAAUAUCUAUAGACCUUUGGCCAUCUGCCUGCUGUGCCUUCUAGUUGAAUGGUUAGAUGCAACUUGAGUUGUUCAGUAGAUGGCUGUAACAUGCUGAUAUGGUUAGUUUAGAUGGACCAAACUCUGAAGCCGAUCUUGAGGUUCCUUUGUUUCACAAAUCAAAGUGAGGUGGAAUAGCUAGCUAACAUAAACAAAAAUUGAAUCUUGAAAUGUAAACAGUUUAGAAGAAUGUGCCAAACAAAACAGGUGUAGAAAUAAAAAUGUGACAAUUACCUCAGCUAAAUCAAAUGGGAUUUUUCGUGAGAUAAUCUCAAUUUCUCGCUACCACAUUUAAUUUCACAUACCCUAUAUGUAAUGUACAAAAAGUUGUGUUAACUGAUUUUUUUUUAUUAUUAUUAUAAUUAUUCCCAAUUGCUAUAUCUUGUGAUGUAUUUUAAAUGCUACAAAUGUUGUUUUAAUGACUCAUUGUUGGUUACUAAUAAUUCUAGUGGAUGAAAGCACCAGUUGCUUGUUGUCACCAAGAACUCCUUAUGAAAUAAAUCCGGUCACACACAAAUGCUCUAUAUUGUCUCAAGUGCUUUCACCAUUCUUUGCUGUUGACUACUCUGUACAAAUUCUAUACCACACACCAGAAAACCCUAACCAGUUGAAGAUGAUAUUAAGAUGAAAUAAAAACACACGUUCUUACAUUCAAUAAGUCAACUGCAUUGAUGGUUAAAAAAAAUGUGUCAUUUUUGUUUGCUUGAAACAAUUUUGUAAGGUCUUUUUGUUUGAAUUCCUAAAUAGAAAGUCUUUUUUAUCUUACAUUAUAAAUGAUAUGGAGGACUAUCAAUUUGAUCAGCAAUAUAAUGUGAUUAAAAGGAAAGAUAAUUGUGAUUCACUUAGAUAGAACUUAAGGUGCAAUAAAUAGAAAAAUAUGAAUGAAAGAGGUGUACAUUUGAUUAUAAUUUUAGUCCAAAAUACUUUAGCAGAUUGUAAUUUAAAGCUAGUUUUUGCAAGGUGCAGUGCACUGAUCACAGUUAGGUUGACACUGAAUAGUUGUGUGAGGAGAAAUGUUUCUUUAAGAAAUUGUGAAGUGUUUUUUUUGUUGUUGUUAACUGUGUAUCUAAUUUCUAAAACAAAUUUGUGCAUGAAAUUGAUUUAUCAUGAUUACUAUACUUAAUAUAUUGUACACAUUUUAUAAUAUUGGUAUAUAACAUUUGAUAUGUAUAGUUUUUUUUCUGUGGUGCUGUCACAUAGUGCUAUAUAAACUGUUUAUUUGGUAUAAUUUAUGAGUGGAUUCUAUAUUUAAACCUGAUUACACAUUCAUGUCCUGUCAUCAUUUUACAGAUCAGAUUCUAUCAUUAGACAUUUGCCAUAUUUGUAACUAUUCAACUUUUAUAGUAACACUUUUUUUAUAGGAAAAAAAAACACCUGAUUUAAAAUCAGUUUUGCAUAUUAUUUCUGAUAUUAAAAGUGUUCUUGAUCUUAGUAUUAUAAUUGUUUAUAUGAGAGUAACAUUUCUGAUGUCUUGUUUUAUUUCUAUUUAUUACUAGAUAUAAUAGCUGUUUAUUGAUCAUUUUUGUAUUUGUUUAUCUUGAAUACUACUCUCUCAUCAACAAAAAACCAGAUUAGUGUUUGGAAGCUCAACAAGUGAUUUGUUGAAUGAGGUAACUAAACAUCCAGUGUCCCAAAAAUUCACAUACACAUAGACAUCUUCUGUUUAUAACCAAGCUCGUACCAACAUCAAUUCAGAUUUCAUUACGCUGAAUCUCAAAAUGUGCAGUUUUAAUGCACAUCAGUUUCUGAUGGACUAGUACAAGAUAUCAUUGCCUCAUGUUUUGAUGAAUCAUUCAUCAGAUUUUUACUUCAUGUCUUGAACCUCAAGAAAAGUUCUUUUUCAAGAAGCCAAUGUGUGCACCACAGUAUUAAAAAUAAUUUCUAAUCUUUAGUUGAGAUUCUUUUUCUCUCACUAUUUGUAAAAUUGUAAUAAAUAAAUCCUGUCAUGUAUUGUAAAUAGAUGAAAAGUAAGUUUUUUUUAGCUGGUGCCACAUUAAAUAUCUACGUGUAAGUUAAAGUUUAUUUCUACACUAACAUUUCUCUAUAAAAAUGUACAAUUCUCUUGCAGCAGUGGCUAACCAAGGGAGACAAAUUGGCUCGGGCAGUAGUGUCACAAGGGGGAUAACAACCUCUUCAUGUUUGGCCACUGCUGGUCUCUUGAUUAUAUGCCACAUUCUUUCAAAGGAAUUUUGUGAAGCUGCCAUUUAUUUUAAAGAAAAAAUAUACAUAUACAAACAUGUGAUAUCAUUUCUUAAGGGAGGCAACAUUAUAACAUGAGCAGAUGUCUACAUUGAAAUUGUUUUCUUUUUUGUUUAUAUCUGUAUUGAAACAAAACUAAAGCAUUCAUUGAUUAUAUGUGACUCAAAAUUUGUGUUUAAUUUCAAUUGCUAGGUACAUUUUCUCUGUAAAUACUGUUGUCAGUCUGAACUGUUUUACAAGUGCUUAUCUUGUAUUCUCAUUAUUGUCUUUGUGAUGUUACAUCGCCUGUUAGUCUUGUCAAACAGUUGAAACUUUUUUUUUUUAAAUACAGGUCUUAUUUUGGUGGAACUAUUACAAGUGUUGGUGUACACGCUUACCCAUGUAAAUGUAUUGAAUCUUGUUAAAACUUUUCCCUUCCCAUCCCCUUCAACUCCCUUAUAAUUGCCAGUGACCUGUGAUUCUUGGCUGUCAGGUGAUGUAAAUGGGCACAAAUGUUGCUUUUAUUUUCAGUGGGAUAGAUAGAUAGUAUAAUUAAAUAGAAGUUGUUUUAUGAAGCAUUAAAAACAUUUUACUUUUAAAGAAGUUGCAUUUAUGGGAUUAUUUUUAUAAAUUUUUUUGUUUUGUUUAUUCAUGAGAAAUUUUUUGAAAUUAUGAUUUCAUGCAAGUUUUUUAAAAUCCAAUCCAGGGGUAAUUUUAUAACUAACUUGCAUUUAGACAGAAAAUUUAGACCAACUUUUUUUAAAUGUGCCCCUUUACACUACCUCACAUGUAUUUGUAUACUAUAUUAUGCCACUAUUGUUAAAGCAAUAUGUUGAUGUUCUUGUUACAUUUUAUCACCAUCAUGAUUAUCAUCAAAAGUCAAAAGUUACCAGACCUUAACCUCAAGCUUGUGAUAAGUUUUUUCUUUUCUUUAUUUCCAUGUUUGGUCCCAAUUAUUUUCCUUUAAUUAAAUAGGCCUACCUUUUUUUU